AUGCGUGUACACCUUGGUGGUGAUAAUAAUGCCGAGCUCUUCUCACAACAUCUUUUGAAAAUUAGUGACGGAACUUUUCAGAAUGAUAAGGAUAGCAUAAUACAAAUAAAUUCUACAUUUGCAAUUUCGGUUCUUGAUCAAAAUAACUUAAUCAACAAAGUUUAUCCUGAAAUUUCUCAUCUUUCCAAUAAAUCCAAUGAAUGGCUCCGUGAACGUGCAAUUUUGGCCCCUAAAAACGACAUCGUCAACAUCAUAAACGAAAAAGUUCUUUCCAUGUUCGAAGCUGAUAAAAAAAACUAUAUUUCCAUAAAUACACUUACUAAUCAAGAUGAAGCUAUAGAUAUCCCGACUGAAUUUUUUAACUCAUUAAAUCCAUCAGGUCUCCCCCCACACAAACUUGAUUUAAAAAUCGGUGCGCCUAUUAUUCUCAUGCGAAAUUUAAAUGCUUCCAAAUUGUGCAAUGGAACCAGAUUAAAAAUAUUAUCUUUGAAAAAAAACCUUAUUGAAGCUGAAAUUCUUACCGGCUUAGCGAGUGGUCAAAUGGUAUAUAUCCCAAGAAUACCAAUGAUAACAAACGAGUACCCCUUCGAAUUUAAACGUAUCCAAUUUCCAGUUAAACUUUGUUUUGUUAUGUUAAUUAAUAAGGCACAAGGACAGACAAUGAAAGUUGCAGGAAUUGACAUCAGCGAUCCAUGCUUCACUCACGGAAAAUUCUAUGUUGCCUGCUCCCGUGUAAGCUCAGAAAAAAACUUAUACAUUUAUGCCCCUGGUGAAAAAACUAAUAAUAUAGUUUAUAAAGAAAUAUUGGUUAAUCGGUAG